UGGCCGGCACGGGUGUUUUGGGGGUGGGGGGUAGGCUGGCCGUGCUGCUGGGGCGGCUGCCGCCGCGGAAAUCCUUAACCAGAGGGGCAAGUGGUUGUCCUCCUGGUGGGGCCCGCCGGCAGCAUGCAGAACGUCAUCAACACAGUGAAAGGGAAGGCCCUGGAGGUGGCCGAGUACCUCACCCCCGUGCUCAAGGAGUCCAAGUUCAAAGAAACUGGAGUAAUUACACCUGAAGAAUUUGUUGCAGCUGGAGAUCACUUAGUUCACCACUGUCCUACUUGGCAAUGGGCUUCAGGAGAAGAACUAAAAGUCAAGGCUUAUCUGCCAACAGACAAACAGUUUUUGGUAACUAAAAAUGUACCAUGCUACAAAAGGUGUAAGCAGAUGGAGUACUCAGAUGAGCAGGAAGCAAUUAUAGAAGAAGAUGAUGGUGAUGGGGGAUGGGUAGACACUUUUCACAAUGCAGGUAUAGUGGGUGCAACAGAAGCAGUCAAAGAGAUCACACUAGACAGUAAGGAUAAUAUAAAAAUACCACAAUGUUCAGCGUCUUGUGAGGAUGACGACGAGGAAGAUGAAGGAGAAGCUGCAGAUAUGGAAGAGUAUGAAGAAAGUGGGCUCUUGGAGACAGAUGAUGCAACACUUGACACAAGACAGAUUGUAGAAGCUAACAAAGCUAAAGUUGAUGUUGGAGGGGAGGAUGCUAUUCUACAGACUAGAACUUACGACCUCUACAUCACUUAUGACAAGUAUUACCAAACUCCAAGGCUUUGGUUAUUUGGAUAUGAUGAGCAACGGCAGCCUUUAACAGUAGAGCAUAUGUAUGAAGAUAUUAGUCAAGAUCAUGUCAAGAAAACAGUGACCAUUGAAAACCAUCCUCAUCUUCCACCACCUCCCAUGUGCUCAGUUCAUCCAUGCAGGCAUGCAGAAGUCAUGAAGAAAAUAAUUGAGACUGUUGCAGAAGGUGGAGGAGAACUUGGAGUUCACAUGUACCUUCUUAUUUUCUUGAAGUUUGUACAGGCGGUCAUUCCAACGAUAGAAUACGACUACACGAGGCACUUUACAAUGUAACUCAGAGAAUGUCCUCCUCUAAUUAUCAGAUCUUUUUUUU